AUGGCGACAGAAAUUGUGGCAUUCCUGUUAUGCUCAAAAUGUGGCUAUCAGUUCAGCAUUCCAAAAUGUCUACCCUGCUCUCAUACAUUCUGUGAAGGGUGUAUAAUCAACGAUACGAGUACAACUAACGACAGUGUCACGUGCAGUACAUGUUCCCGAAAGCAUUGGCUACCACGUAGAGGUGUUGCGGAUUUCCCCGACAAUAUUCUUAUCAUGGAUUUGAUGGACUUCUAUCACACACAAGCUGGACCUGAAUUCAUUUGUCGUAGUUGUAAAAACGAGAAAUCGCAGCAAUAUUGUAAAACGUGUUUGUUGUUAUUUUGUAGUAGCUGUGCUGACGUCCAUGACAAAAUACCAGUUACCAGUGGGCAUACAUCCGUUACAUUACAAGAAUUUCGUCAGAGUGAAUAUCUUAAAUCACCUUUCGAUAGAAAGAUGCCAUGUCCUAAUCAUUUCGGCAACGAAAUCAAAUUUUACUGCAAAGAGUGUGACAUACCUAUAUGUCAGGAAUGUACUGAAUCCGAUCAUUGUGGGUCGCAACACUCUCAAGAUUCCAUCAAAAAAUUUGUCAGCGAAAAGAAAGCUGAUCUCCAAAAAGCAUACGUAAAGGGACGUGAACUUAACUUACAGUUACAGUCUAUGGAAUCGAUUGUGGAUACGGAAAAGAAAAUCAACGACAGCCUAUCAAAAACAAUGAACGAAACAGUUGGGGAGUACGCUAGAGUUAACGUUAACCAGCUAGAACGCAUAGUUGGAGACAUAAAUAAGGAAAAAUCAGUUUUGUUGAAACAAGUGGUUGAUUCCCAUAACAAGAAAAGAAACAAAAUUGAUAAGAUGAUUUCAAGUAUUAAAACGGGGCAAAAUAAGAUUGAAAAGUUUAUCGAAGGUGCACACAGCCUGAAAAAGCUAGAAAAUGAUAUUGGCUUCUUGUGUUUAGUGAAAAAUGAAUUGUCUGAGGCAAACACAAUUUUGAAGCAGGAUUUCCACAGCGAAAAAGUUGGCAUGUUGGAGUUUGUCGAAAAUCGGGAACGUUUUCGAUUUCCCGAGACGACGACCCUUGGUUACAUUGCAGCAUCGGAGCCCAUAAGCAAACAAGUAUCCAACCCAGGAAAUAUAAUUUCCCCAACUCUCAGCAUACUGCACAAAUAUGGAGUGAAAGGAACUACCGACAGAGAAUUCGACGGCCCCGCUGGUAUCACAACCACUUCCAGAGAUGACAUCAUUGUUGCUGACAGCAAUAAUAAACGACUACAAGUACUGAAUCGGAAUGCGCUACGACUGGUUGAGGUGUACAUAGUAGAUGAAAAAGAGCCCAACGUUACGGUCGGCGAUGGAGACUACCGAAUAAUAAAGUAUGACAAAAAUCUAAAUUUUCAGCAUCGUAUGAUCAUUCCUCGUCUAGGAAAUUGUAAUUCAACAUCCGUGUCCGUGUUAUCUGACACGAGACUGGUGAUACUCCAGUCAGACAGGGGAAUGCUUACAGUGAUGAAUUCAGUUGAUAACGCGAGCAAAACUAAAAGAACGUGUGAUGAUUCUGCUUACACCAUUAACGCUAGUGUAUGUGUAGACCCUUAUGACAAUAUCAUCAUUGCAGGCUGGGGUCGUAUUCAAAUGUUCACACCAGAAUUGAAAUUGACAUUCUCUAUCAACGAAAGAGACCGAUGCAGUGACAUCCUCGGUAUUAGCGUGUUCCGUUGUAACCCGUAUCGCGUCGCCAUUGCGGAUGGCAACAAUCACUGCAUAAAAGUAUACGGACUGAUGGAAUCCAAGGAAAAUGCCAAUGCAGUGAAUUAA